UCAGUUGACAGUUUGAUUUUCCAAAAGCCUCGUAUGUUCCACAGAUAAUUGCUCAUGUAUUGUAAACUUUUUUGCGGAGUGGCAAGACGAGCUCAUCUCACUGCUGCAUCCGUUCGGUCGACCUUUACUCCGUACAGACAAACCGGCAAUACGGCAAGCAUCAUGCAAGAGUCUUAUCCAGUCAUCGCAAAAGUCCCUACCCAUAUACUAACGUGGGGUAAGUGGAUCGAAGAAUCGCUUGGCGAUCAGAAGGAAAUCGUGCUGUGCAUUACCGGUAACCCAGGACUGCCUGGUUUUUACACGAAGUUUCUCUCCACCGUAUAUGAGUGCUUGAACAAAGAACUGCCAGUGUGGGUAAUAGGUCAGGCGGGCCACGAUGAAGCAGAUGAAAGCCCGUACAAGAAACCGGUGCCCGCAUUGAAAGGGAACGAAGAAAUGUUUAACUUAAAAGGACAGCUACAGCACAAGAUAGAGUUCAUACGGAAGUACGUUCCCGAGGAUGUAAAAAUUCAUCUAAUCGGUCACUCGAUAGGAGCGUACAUGGCGCUGGAACUGCUCAAAGUUCCUGACAUAAGCGACCGCAUUCAACAUUGCUACUUUCUCUUUCCCACCCUGGAACGGAUGGCCAAAUCGAGGAACGGUUUCAUAGUGACCAGAAUCAUUAAUCCUAUGUGGUGCGUGUGGCAAUGGUUUUACCGAAUGUUCGACAUGCUGCCCUUGUUUAUCCGGACUUGGAUUAUCUACAUGUACUAUCUGGUGGAUGGAAUACCAAAGUACUACCUAGGAACCGGUCUGAAGUAUAUGAAUCCCAGCGUAAUAGAUAAAAUAUGGUUCCUGGCAAUUGAUGAGAUGGAAAAGGUAAAGGACCUGGAUAUGGAUACCCUCAUCAAGAACAAGCAGCGCAUUAAGCUGUAUUAUGGCAGUAAGGAUGGAUGGGUACCGGUACAGUACUACCAUGAUCUGAAGCAACGUAUCCCAGAUAUUGAUGCUGAACUGUGCACCAGGAACUAUGAGCAUGCAUUUGUAUUGCGUUCAGCGGCUCAGAUGGGCUUUUCUGUCGGUGAGUGGAUCUUAAAAUAUCGUGCAUAAAACUUUUUUCUUUGUUGAGAAACAAUGGCCUGGCCGUGAUGAUUUAUAAUCAAAUCAAUCUAGAUAAAUAGUAACAGGUGGAUGCAAAGUACAUAAUAACAAUUUGAUCUUUACUUGAAUUUACUAUCAAA